CUUCUUCCCAGCCAAUGUCGCCCACUCCGUCUACAUCCUGGAGGACUCUAUCGUGGACCCCAAGAACCAAACCAUGACCACAUUCACCUGGAACAUCAACCACGCGCGUCUCAUGGUGGUGGAGGAGCGCUGCGUGUACCGGGUGAACCCGGAGAACAGCAACUGGACCGAGGUCAAGCGGGAAGCCUGGGUCUCUUCCAGCCUCUUUGGCGUCUCGCGCGCUGUCCAGGAAUUUGGUCUGGCCAGGUUCAAAAGCAACGUGACCAAGAGCACCAAGGGAUUUGAAUAUGUACUAGCAAGAAUGCAAGGAGAAGCUCCGUCAAAAACACUGGUGGAGACAGCCAAGGAAGCAACCGAGAAAGCCAAGGAGACAGCUCUGGCUGCUACGGAGAAAGCCAAGGACUUGGCAAGCAAGGCAGCCACCAAGAAGAAGCAGUACGUGUGAGGGGCUGGGCACAGGCAGGCACCAACUGCACCAGAACAGAUAGGAGCCUCCUUAGAUUUUAUAUUUUUAAACAAACUGUACAAGUCUGACAAUCAGCUGCUGUUAGACCCUUACUGAGAUGUAAUUAUCAU